UCUAAACUUCAAUUAUUAGGUGCAACUAUGCCUAAGGAUUUUCGCAUCUACGAUUUCUUAAUAUUUCUUUUUUUUUUGGGUUAAAAUGUACAAGUUGUUAAUUGACAGCUUAUACAGAUUAUUUAAACUGACCUCAACAGCUAUGUUUCUCGAAUCCAGUAAACUAAGAAGUCAAUGUCAAAAUUAAUUACUACAAUUAAGUCAUCCGUUAAAGGCCAGCUAUACAAGUUAAUUUUCCUAUUAUUAAAAUUUAUAGUUUUUUUAAUCCUUAAUCUUAGCUGGCUCAUGUGGACUAAUGAUUUUAUUAAUUUCAUGGAAUCUAUUGACCUUUCACCUUUCAAGAACUGACUUGUUCAUUGAUAGAUCUAUUGUGGUGUCUAUAUAAAUAAUAUGUACAAAUUUUUUGAUGGUGUAAAAUUGUUGACAGUCGGUAGAAUAAUCUUAAAAUAAUGUGGUUGUUGGGAUGUCAUAAUUGUAUCUUUUCAAUAAUACAUUGUUAGAUAGAAUUGAAUCAUUACCAGUUUCUCUCUUCGAUAUCUUGUCUCUCUGCAAUUGUUAUUGUUCCUUCAUAUGAUCUGCAAAAUCUUGUAGCAAGAGCAUAAUUUAUUUCUUCUCUUCUCAUUCUCUCUCUGCAGUUGUUCCAUCAUUUUUUCUUCAUUUCAUCUGCAAAAUCUUGUGGUUAGAGCAUAGUUUCUUUCCCUUCUCUUUGUUAUUCUACCUUUGAUUAACACAACCUUGUAGCUGAGAGUGUGUGUAAGAAUGGCUUAUUCUACUCUUGUUUCCCUUGAGCGCACCAUUGAUCAAUUCCUCAAUCACAAUCAAUUUUCCAUUUUUCCUCCUGAAAAAAAACAUAUUAUAUCUCUAGAUAAAUAUGUCCUUUCACUCCGAGCUUUUCUUGAGGAUUUUCCGGAGAAAGCCAAGAGUUUGGAAGCAAGAAUGAGUAAUGUAGCAAUGGAGGCGGAAGAUGUUAUUGAAUUGUAUAUGACGGAAAAAAUCCACUACAAUAUUCGAUAUACCCACUGGGUUGCAGAACUAAGAAGAAUCAAGUUUAUAUUCCAGUUGCGCAGAGUAAGAGAUCAAAUGGAUUCAAUCGCGGGAGAGGUGGUGCAGAUCAAAAAUAGCAUCAUUAUCAAAGAUGCACAACUUGAUGGUUAUGUUGGGGCUAGUUCAUCCUCAUCACAAGGUGCAGAAUCUGGAAAAACCAAUAUGGUUGGCUUGACCGUUGAUUUGAUGGAAAUAAUGAGUAGGCUUUGUGGAGAUUCGCGAGAACUCCAGAUCCUCCCAAUAACUGGUAUGGGAGGUAUUGGCAAGACCACUCUUGCUAGAAAUGCUUAUGAUCAUCCAUUUUCCAUGGAGCAUUUUCAAAUUCGUGUUUGGCUCACAAUAUCACAAGAUUAUAGUGAACAGAGAAUUCUAUCAAACCUCCUAGAUUCCUUGAAAGAAUUCGACAGAGAAAGGGGUAAUAUAUCCAUGGCAGUAAAAGUGUACCAAAUCCUAGUAGGUAGGAGGUUUCUGAUUGUAAUGGAUGAUAUUUGGAGCACCAAGGUAUUGGAUGAUAUAAGGAAGUUAUUUCCCGACAACAACAAUGGGAGUCGAAUUUUGUUAACCACAAGGCUGGCAGAUGUUGCUGCUUAUGCCAACUCCUCUAUGCCUUCCCAUGAGUUGCAUUUGAUGGAUUCAGAUCAGAGCUGGAAUCUACUACGAGAAAAGGUGUUCGGACGCCAAGAUUCCGUUGCUCCUGAAUUGGAGACCAUCGGAAAAGAGAUUGCAAGAAGUUGUGGAGGCUUGCCCCUUGCAGUGGUGGUGGUUGCAGGAAUCCUAUCUACGGCGAGUAUGACUCGAACAUUGUGGAAGGAAAUUGCCAAAAAUGUAAAAUCGUAUAUUCUUGCCACAACAGAUGGGCAGGUAGAAAAGAUUUUAUCUCUGAGUUACAACCAUUUGCCUCAUCAUUUGAGGCCGUGUUUCUUAUACAUGGGAGGAUUUCCAGAAGAUCACGAGAUCAAAGUCAAGAACCUGAUAAGGUUAUGGAUAGCUGAAGGCUUUGUGAAACGGCCAGUCGCAUCAAAAAGCUUUGAAGAAAUUGCAGAAGAGUAUCUAGAGGAUCUUAUGAGGAGAAGUCUUAUUAUUGUUUCCAAUAAUAAGUCUAAUGGCAAAACAAAAAAUUGCAGGCUUCAUGAUCUGGUACGAGAUUUGUGCAUAAAGAAAUCACAGGAAGAAAAGUUUCUUGUCCACGUGAAGGGAAGGAAGCUGCUGACAAGCAUGAAAGAUGAGCGCAGGAUACGCAUCUCUCAAUCUGAUGAAACUGAAUCUUUCGCCAACGUUUUUAGCUCAACCAUCCGUACUAUAUUGUCUGUCCGUUGCCGAAUCUUGAAGUGCUCGAACUGA